AUGCAAAGGCAAAACAGUUUCUAAUGCAACAACAAGCAAGGCAAGAAUAAUUUAUCAAACUGAGAUUACUUUUAUUUAUCAAUAUGAAUAAUUGAGGUUUUCUUUUACGUUGCUGCACCUGACUAGUUUAUCAUGCACACUUCUUUCAGCUGCUGAUAAAUCAGAAAAAUUGCCUGAAAAAUGACAGAUAUUGUGUUGGGAGCUAGUUCAACGCAUAGUAAUUGGAAUGGUUUAAGGGAAGAAACAUAAAUAGAAGACAAUGAAAAUAAACACUUUUUUCUUUUGGAUAAUAUUUUCUGGGAUCACGUUUUCUGGAUUGCUUGCUUCUGAAAAUGAUUUAUUACCGGGCACUAUCAUUGAUGGCGAUAUUAUGAUAGGUGAAAAUGAAGAUCCAUGGGACCGUCGUGAUGGCCCACUUGUAGAUAUGCGGGAGAAAAGAUGGCCUCGUGCUGUGGUUCUCUAUGACUUAAACGAAACUAUUUAUAGUGUGUGGGAUUUAUAUGUAAUUCGGGAAGCCAUACUGGAAAUUGAAAGAGGAACCUGCAUUAAGUUUGUGCGGAGGAAACAUGAAAAGGAUUAUAUUUAUAUUACCCCUUUCGGCGGAUGCUGGUCUUACAUUGGGCGGCAAGGUGCACAACAGACAUUGUCACUCUCCGUUCCACAAUGCAUCAAUAAAGGAACUAUCCUUCAUGAAUUUUUGCACGCUUUAGGAUUUUGGCAUGAGCAUUCCCGCUCCGACAGAGAUGAAUAUAUCGAGAUCUUGUGGGAAAACGUCAUGAAUGAAGAAAAAAAGGCAAACUUCGAAAUGCAUCUUCCUGAGGCUGAAAACUUUGUAAAAUUUCCUUACGAUUAUUGGUCAGUGAUGCACUAUGACGCAUAUGCCUUCUCCAAGGCGCCAAAGUUGCCUACGAUGAAGCCAAAGAAGCCAAAUGUGCGAUUGAGAGAUUUGGGUAAGGCCAAGGCGAUAGGUGUACUAACGAAUACUGAUAGAGAGAAAUUAAAAGCGUUAUAUGAAUGUGAUAAUAUCAAAUGAUGAAGUUUAUAUGUUAAUCAAUUGUAAAUAAAUUAUACUAUUUUAAAU